AUGUUAAGGUAGAAAAAGAAAAAGAAAAAGAAAAAGAAAAGGGUGCUUAAAAAAAGAGAGAGGCUUAGCUAAAUAUAUGCAAAAGAAAUAUGACUAAGUUGUCCAAUAUGGUUUUUGUUUUUCUUGGUUUAUUAAUAGUUGUUUGUACCACAAAAGCAAGAGAAGUGCCUAGUGAGAAAGGUCUUACUGAUCAGAAAAAUUUUGUAGGAUUUGGUGGUGUUGGAGGAUUUAGUGGUAUUGGAAGCAAUGGGCUGCCUGUUGGUGGAGUUGGUGGUGGGGUAGGUGGAGUUGGUGGUGCUAGUGGACUUGGUGGG